GGCUUUAUCCGGCUCCGGUUUGUCGGCUACAACUUCAUAAAAUUUUCAGUAGUCAACUGACAGAGAUAGAAGUUAUUGCUCGGUGGAAACGUUGUUUAUUCUGGACAAAACAAGGCGUGUUUGAUUAGGACAGCUGUCUGUCAUUUUGAAGUUCGUUUCAAUUGACACACAGAUGUCAGUGAAUGACAGUCUAUUUCUCAUUUGAGCGUGAGUGUACGACUGACCGACUAUUCAGAACCCGCUGAGAUGGCAGUCUGAUCAUAGUCUAACUAAGCCAGAGAGCGGCUGUAGACCGAGCGAGGGAGUUACGGACAGAUCAAGUCUCCAAAACAAAGAUGGGUGAAAAGGAGGAUGAGAGGAGUGCCCAGGCAGGGCAACUCUUUGAGAACUUUGUCCAGGCGUCCACAUGUAAGGGCACUCUGCAGGCCUUUAGUAUCCUAUGCAGGCAGAUGGAUCUGGACCCGCUAGACUACAGGAACUUCUACAGCAACCUCAAAGCCACGGUCACCAAUUGGAAGGCCAAGGCCCUCUGGACCAAACUGGACAAGAGAGCCGGCCACAAGGAGUACAAGAAAGCCAAAGCCUGCGAGGGCACCAGGUCUUUGAUCAUUGGAGGAGGGCCCUGUGGCCUGCGCACAGCCAUCGAGCUGGCUCUGCUGGGGGCCAAGGUGGUGGUGAUUGAGAAGAGGGACACCUUCUCCAGAAACAACGUGCUCCACCUGUGGCCCUACACCAUCCACGACCUCAGGGGCCUCGGGGCCAAGAAGUUCUAUGGCAAAUUUUGUGCCGGAGCCAUAGACCACAUCAGUAUUCGCCAGCUCCAGCUCAUGCUGCUGAAGGUCUCCCUCAUCGUGGGAGUGGAGGUCCAUGUUAAUGUGGAGUUUGUUAAACUGCUGGAACCACUGGACAACCAGGAGAAUGAAGGGCUUGGAUGGAGAGCUGAGAUUAGACCAUCAAACCACCCCCUCACUGACUAUGAAUUUGACGUGGUGAUCGGUGCGGAUGGACGCAGAAACACGCUAGAUGGUUUCAAGAGAAAGGAGUUCCGGGGUAAGCUGGCCAUCGCCAUCACAGCCAACUUUGUCAACAGGAACACCACGGCCGAGGCCAAGGUAGAGGAGAUCAGCGGAGUGGCCUUCAUCUUCAACCAGAAGUUCUUCCUGGAGCUCAAAGAGGAGACAGGGAUUGAUCUGGAGAACAUCGUUUACUACAGAGACAACACACACUACUUUGUGAUGACUGCAAAGAAGCAGAGUCUGCUGGACAAGGGGGUCAUCAUUCAUGAUUACAUUGAAACAGAGAAGCUGCUGGGCCAAGACAACGUGAACCAGGAGGCUCUUCUCUCCUACGCCCGCGAGGCGGCCGACUUUGGCACCAACUACCAGCUGCCCUCUCUGGACUACGCCAUCAACCACUGCAACCAGCCCGAUGUGGCCAUGUUCGACUUCACCUGCAUGUGCGCCUCAGAGAAUGCGGCGCUGUUCAGGGAGAAGUGCGGACAUAAGCUACUGGUGGCUCUGGUGGGGGACAGUCUAUUGGAGCCCUUCUGGCCCACGGGGACAGGCUGUGCUAGAGGGUUCCUGGCUGCCUUUGACACGGUGUGGAUGGUGAGGGGCUGGGCGCAGGGCAAGACUCAUCUGGAGAUCCUGGCAGAAAGGGAGGGUCUCUACAGGCUAUUACCCCAAACAACGACAGAGAACAUCUCAAAGAACUUUGAUCAGUACACCAUAGACCCGGUAACACGGUACCCUAACCUCAACUCCAGCUGUGUCAAGCCACAUCAGGUGCGUCACCUGUUCAUAGACGGGCAGCAGGACAAUUGUCCUCUGGAGCGGGGUGGACCCACACGUAGUUCUGUCAAUCUCUCCAGACGAGAGUCUGACAUCCGGCCCAGCCGCCUCCUCACCUGGUGUCAGAAGCAGACACAGGGGUACAGGGGUGUGGAUGUCACCAAUCUCACCUCUUCCUGGAAGAGUGGCCUAGCACUCUGUGCUCUUAUACACCGCCUCCGGCCAGACCUCAUUGACUUUGACUCCCUGAAUGAGAAGGACUCGGCUAAGAACAACCAGCUGGCCUUUGACAUAGCAGAGCAUGAGUUUGGUAUCCAGCCUGUGACCACGGGGAACGAGAUGGCUCUGGACCAGGACCCAGACAAGCUUAUGAUGGUGCUGUACAUCUCCAAGCUUUACGAGAUGUUCCGCAACUCUCCUGCAUCCAUCACUGGGACAAGGGAAACGGAUGAGAACAAUGAAGCGACUUCAUCGUCUGCACACUCUGUUUACAACUUAAUGAACCGAACACAGCCCAAAAAAAGGAUCCCAAAGGAUAACGGGAAGCUGGAGGCGAACGACCCGAUGAACAAAAGACGAAGAAAGGGCAGCACCUAUUUAGAGGAGUUGUCCUGUCAGAGUGCCCCCCCUGCAGGUGACGGUGGGGAGCAGAAUAAAGUGCGCUCAAUGGCCACACAGCUACUGGCCAAGUUUGAGGAGAAUGCAUUGCCCAGCAGUUCCCUGCGCAAUAAGUCUGAUUUGAACUCUGACUCUGAUUCAAGCCGUCCUUCAUCUCCUUCUCUGGAUAUGAUGGAGAACCCUCGCUUCGCUAAGCCCAAGAAACAGCCCCCUCCCUCGCCUCCACCCCCACGCCCCAAGUGGCAGCCGUCCAUCUAUAUGCGACUCUUAGAAGAGCCUGCAGCCGUGGCGCAACCGACUCCCCUUCACGUUCCAACAAGGUCCUGGAGUCCUCCUCCACGUGAUGAUCAAACACAGGCCUCUCCGCGCGCAGACUUGGUGCAGCAGAGAGUGUGGAUUCCACACACCGAAACCCCAGAUGACGUAGAUUACCCAGAACAACCUUCUCCUGGCCCCACAGGGAAGGGCCUAGAGAAGCUGGAGCGAAAGAUGAGCCAGAAAAAAGUACAAACCGUAACUACCGGGGAAUUUAACAGGAAGAGUAUAAAGGAGAGAGCUGUGCUUCUGCGUUCUAUGUUUCCUGAGUCCGAGACUCCUCUAGUGAAAGAGUAUAAGACGGAUCGAUCUGCCUCUGUUCCUAAAAUCACUUCAAUACACCUUGUCCCUGAACCGUCUGCUCUGUCUUGCGCCUCUUCUCUUACCCCAACAUCUCCUGUGCGUCAUUACAAGUGCGAUGGAAGUGCUGCAUCAAGUAGACUCAUUCAAACGCCAACCGAAUGUCCUGUGAGUUAUCAAGCUGAACCCUUCAAGCCUGAUAUGUCUGCCGAACAGUGCAAUGGGAGUGCUGGAUCAAGUAUUCAAAAGCCAAUCAUUCGAUUUGAGAGUUACGAAGCUGGCCCUUUAAAGUCCACCGAACAGUGCAAUGGGAGUGCUGCACCAAGCGUAAUGGUUAAAAAAACAAUUGAUCAAUCUGAACACUGUCCUGCUGAGCCCUCUAUGCCUGCCAAACAGAGGACAGUUGGGAAGGUCUCUUCUCACAUAGGCGCUAGGGCUGAAACUCUAGCCAUCCUUUAUGAAACUGACCACAGGCCUAAUGCCUUGCCGUGUAUCGUGCGGAAGGAGUUCCCUCAGAACCUGGGAGGCAGUGACACGUGUCACUUCUGCUCCAAGCGUGUGUACGUGAUGGAGCGACUCAGCGCUGAGGGCCACUUCUUCCACAGGGAGUGUUUCCGCUGUGACGUCUGCAGCUCCACACUACGCCUGGGAGGACACGCCUAUGACUCCCAACACGGCAAGUUUUACUGCAAGCCUCAUUAUUCUCAGCGACGGUCCAGCCUACAAAGUUCAAGCAAGUUCCUGAGGAGAACGGAGGAUCAGGGACGUCUGACGUCUUCGCCGGACCGGAGUGAACCCUACUCGGCCACAGACAGCCUGCAGAGCCAGCCCUCAGGGCAUCACUACAGAUACAAGGGCCUGUUGAAUGGACUGUACACCCGCAUGGUGCCUGAAGUGGCAGAGGAGGAGGCCGUGGACCUGGACAUGCCUGACUCCAACAGGACUGCCGACUCUGAGAAACAGGACAACUCGAAUACUUCUCUCCGACCACAAGAUUCUGCACAAGAGAAGAAAGAACCUUCCGGUUCCAAUUCAUCUCUCCUGUCUGGGAACAGCCGAUGGAAGAGGAAGAUCCGUGCUACUCUCCCUCUCAUCCUGGUGAGGCACUUCUCACAUGAAAACACUACAGAAAAAGAGGAGCCCAUCAUUGAAGAGGCCAACUUUGAAUUCAACGUGAUUGAACCAACACAGGUCUCCCAUGAUGGUCCUAAACUACCUCCAGAUUCUCCGAAUCAGAAUCCAUCGAUGGGUAAAGAAGCGCCUCCUAUCACCAAAGUGCCACAGCUGGAGAAAGCAGUUGGCCCAAAGAAGAGGCUUACCCUGUCCCUGUCUGAGAAACAGAAGCUCCUAGACUGGAACCUGGUUAGUCCAGAAGAGGCCCGAAGCCCUGGAGGAGGAGACCCAUCCAAACACUCCAAGCCUGGGGACCAGAUCCUCCCAUUGCCUCAGGUAGAGGCAGAGCCAGUCCCAGCUCAGGCCCAGCCGGCACCGUCCAUGUUCCAGAUUUGGGCAAAUGCCUUCAGAAGGUCUUUUGGAGUACCAGGGACAACCACAGACUCCAACACAGUUGUGACCAGGAGGAACAACAAAGGGCCCACCAAGCCCAGGCCUCUGUCUGACGGCGCCUUCAGCUUUAGCUCCCUGUUUGGGGCUACUGCCCAAAGCCAGGAGGCCGAACCAGUGGGAGUGGGUCAGAAGAGCCAGCCGACCCCACACCCACGCAAGGCAUCCAUGGGUGAUAGACCCGCAGACCUGCCCAUGCUACUGGACCAGGUGUCCCUAGGCAGCAACAAGUCUGUGGGAUCCUUCACCACAGACGACAUGGCCUCACUGCCGCCCAGGAAGCUCAACUUCUUCUCCUACCUUAGGCUGAAGACGAGAGAGGGGCCGGAGAGCGUGGGAGCGGGGGUUCUGGAGAAGGACAUCAGGACCAUCCUGUCCAACAUCAGGAACAAAGCCUCCAGCGAACAGCAGAAGGAUGAGUCCAACUCCUCAAGUGACGAUGAGCUUGUCCCAGCCAAACCUUUGUCCCAGCCGAAGACCCAUGGGAGCUCAGAGAGACAGAGGAGGAGGCAGGAGGAGACUGCGAUUCAACAGGACAAGAGAGAGCAGCUGAAGAGACUCCACAGAGCCCAGGUCAUACAGAGGCAGCUGGAGGAAGUGGGGGAGAAGCAGAAGGACCUGGAGGAGAGAGGGGUGACCAUUGAGAAGGUCCUUCGAGGCGAAUCCCCAGACAAAGGUGAUGGUCUCUCUGAUGAGCACGAGCUCCUUCAAACGUGGUUCAAGCUGGUCCUGGAGAAGAACAGACUGGCACGCUAUGAGGAGGAGCUGGUCAUAUUUGCUCAGGAACUCGAGCUGGAGGACAGACAGAGUCAACUACAGAUGGAUCUACGGUGCAGGAUGUCCAUAGAUGAUUCCAGGAAGAGCUCCAGUGAGCUGGCGGAGGAACAGGAGAUGCUGACGGAAAUCAUGGAGGUGGUGGAGAGGAGAGACACUCUGGUCAGCCUGCUGGAGGAGCAGCGGCUGCAGGAGAGGGCUGAGGACAGAGACCCGGAGAGCCUGGUACUGUCUAGAGGCUACCAGUUCCACUGGACCUGAAAAGAAUCAGCCCUCUGGGGCAGGGAAAAGGCUACAGCACCAUGCAGCUCCACAGGCAGAAGAGACAAGUGACUUGACUACUAGUGACUACCCUACUGGAUUUGGCCGCACGUGGCAUGAUGACCCUUUUGAAUAUGUAUAUCAAUUUGACUUGUCAAUUCCUACUUGAGGACCUGAGGGUUGUACAUCAAGUGUUUGUUUAGGCUAGUCUCCCGAGACAGCCUUCAGAGAUUACUGUAUGCCUUACCAAGAAAACCUUAAUGUUAUGCAGCCUUAGAAAUAUAAUAAUAUAGAACACUUUUUCAGUUGCACUGGAAAGCACUUAUAAACACUACAGAAACCCAUAGAUUCAGCCUAUCAAAUGUGUUUUCCCUCUCAAAGAAAAAUAUUGCCUAUGUACAGUACCAGUCAAAGGUUUGGACACCUACUCAUUCCAGGGUUUUUCUUUAUUUUGACUCUUUUCUACAUAAUAGUGAAGACAUAAACUAUCAAAUAACAUAGAAUUUGAGAUUUGAGA